CAAUGAGUAAUUGGUUGCGAAGGUCAAGUUCAAUCAACAAAUGAUUGCGAGAGUUUUAUGCCAGCGAAGGCUAUCGAAAUACUCCGGUGUCUUGUCCGGAGAUAAAAAAACUUCAAGUUUUGGCUAAUCAUUUUGGUUUGACGUGCGUUUUUUCAUCAGAUAGAGUCAGAGAAUGGAGAUCAGAAGUACCUUCCGCAAAGUAGUUUUUCUCGCACUGUUUUUGGUAGUGGUCUUUGCCGGAAAUGUGAUAACAGAGGAAGAGACCUGCUCCAAAGAUACCUGCGGCGACCAAUAUCCUAAAGACUUUCUGUUUGGAACUUCAACGGCAUCUUAUCAGAUCGAGGGUGGAUGGGAUGAGGAUGGAAAAGGUCCCAGUAUCUGGGAUACUUUGAUUCAUGAACAUCCGGAAUUAAUUAUUGAUAGGACUUCAGGAGACGUCGGACCAGAUUCUUAUCAUCUGUAUAGGGAAGAUGUGAAGAUAUUGAAGGAAUUAGGCGUGAAUUUCUAUAGAUUUUCCAUCUCUUGGGCCAGAAUUCUUCCCACGGGCGAUGUGUCAUCCCUCAAUCCGGCAGGUCUGAAGUACUAUAGCGAUUUGAUUGAUCUUCUGCUCGAGGAAGGCAUUCAGCCCAUGGUUACUAUGUUCCAUUACGAUCUCCCUCAGUACAUUCAGGAUUUAGGAGGAACUACAAAUCCCCUCUUUGUCAAAUAUUUCCGGGAAUACGCUAGAGUUCUCUUUGACAAUUUUGCCGAUCGAGUUAAGCUCUGGAGCACAUUCAAUGAACCCUGGUCAUUCUGCUACUAUGGCCACAGCAUUGGGGAAAUUGCUCCCAUGAAGAAACUUAAUGGAGUGGGAGAGUAUUACUCGGCUUAUCACAUUCUUCUGGCUCAUGCUGAAGUCUACCAUCUCUACAAGGACCAAUACUACAAAAAGUCCAAUGGGAAAAUUGGUUUAACUCUCAGUAGUUUGGGCUUAUUCCAGAAAACUCCCGGAAAUGACUUGGUUGAGAGGGGAAUGCAAUUCCAUUUAGGCUUCUUUGCUCAUCCAAUUUUCAGUCGUGAAGGUGGAUGGCCGAAGGUGAUGCAAGAGACAGUGGACAGGAAUAGUGAGAUAGAAGGACGUGCCUGGUCACGACUUCCGGUAUUUACUCCUGAAGAAAUCGAAAGAGUCAGAGGAUCAGCUGAUUUCUUCGGAUUAAACUACUUCACUGGAGGUUUUGUGGGCCCUACAGAUUACAAAAAUGCCAAAACAAGUCCUCCAAGUCCAUCAUGGGAGAGAGACCAGAAUCUAACUUUCAGUGUGGAUCCCACUUGGAAACGAGGCAAAUCUGAGUGGCUCUAUUUGGUUCCAGAAGGUCUUAAGAAUGUUCUCCUCUGGAUUAAAGAGACCUAUGACAAUCCCGAAGUGAUAAUUACUGAGAACGGAUGGUCAGAUAAUGGGGAGCUGGAGGAUGAUGGGAGGGUUGAGUGUAUAACAGAACAUUUAAAAAUGGUCAAGCAGGCUCUUCAGGAAGGAUGCAGAAUAAAAGGCUACGCCGUCUGGUCUCUAUUGGACAAUUUUGAAUGGAUGAUGGGCUAUACAGAAAAAUUCGGACUCUAUCGCGUGGAUAUGGAUGAUCCAGAGAAAAAGCGUGUACCGAAGAAAUCCUCAAAGAUCUACAGGGAAAUCAUUAAACUACAUGAGAAUUCCUAAGGGUUCCAUUGGUUCCAUUAAAAAGUCAACGAAAAUCUAUUCACAUGCAAUUGUUUUUAUUAUUUCAUUGAAUAAAACAUGUGUUUUCGAUUCUUAAUCCUA